AUGUAUCAGAGUCUAAAAAUUGUGUCUGGCAAGAAUGAAUUAGGUUUGAGCGGAGUCGGCAUUUUAUAAUCCAAGAGAGCGGGAUGUCUAAUACAAAAUGUUAAAUUUGAUUAAGUCUACACAAGUGAUUAUAAGAUGUAUAACUAUUAAGUAACCAAAGAUGCAUUGAAUCUUAUACUCACAUUGAGAAUUAGUUCAAAAAAAAACUGA